AUGUUGUACUCAUCAUUAUUCCUCCUACCGGCGUUCGGGUUGCUGGCGCAGGCAUCAGAAAUUGAUUCGCAGUUUUCUACGCCAGUCCGAAGACGACAGGUGAUGACAUGUGAAAAGACAUACGGCGCCGGUUCAUUACCAUGUGGCGGCGAGGAGAGCACAUGGUGCUUCAACCCAGAGCUUGGACAAACGUGCUGUAAGCUCGACGGAGGAUUUUGUAACGCAGGUAGUUACUGUGCACCCGUCGCGGGAUAUUGUUGUUUUGACGAUGAAGACUUAGCAACAUGCGCUAAGAGAGCUGGUUUUGAUCUGCCGAGUGGUGCUGCAAAUGAUCGUGUUGCGAAUACCGAUCCCACAGCGGCCACACCAGCUCGAGUUAGCCGCACCUUCACCGUCACACCGUUCCUCACCGCCAACUUAGGACCGACUUCUGUCGGUACGCCGCAUUCUGAUCAAGAAUAUGGAACAGAGCCGUUGGAGGAGGCUAAGAUGGGAUUUGUCACAGAAUUCACCGUGCAAAUUGGAACGGCGUGCCAUGAAACACUUCUGUCUUCAAAAACGCCCGUAGUAACCGCAGUAGUACAAGUAGCGAACGCAUCUGUAUCUACAUUGAAUCGGGUUACUCUGUCAGCUUCGCCUUCGACACAGACUCAUGCGUCGAUUUCGCCUUAUGUCCAGAUCUCCAUGGCUGCCAAGAAGAAAGGAGCUCUGAUAGGCUCCAUACUCGUGAUAGCCGUGGCAGGGACAUUGACGGCCCUUUUAUGA